UUUUUGGAUUAUCAUGCCACGAUGAUGAUGUCUUCUUUGCUGCUAGUACAACUGUUGUCUCUGUCGUUGGUGUUGUUUCACGGCGCCCAUGGAGGAUCCAACGAAGCACACAGGUUUGUGGUUGUCCGCCACGAAACGACUGAUCCAUCCAACAACAACAAUGUCUCCCUACACAAAAAUACUGUCAAAAAGCCAUCGCUGCCUCCCCUCGAGUUCCACCGACGCUUCAUGGAGGAGGCACAUUUAGUAGAAGAGGAAGUUGACGAAGGAGAAUAUAUGGACGAAGAAGACUUUGAGGAGGAUGAAGAAAUCGACGAGGAUAACAUUAGUGCGCUCGACUUGGAUAGUGACAGCGAUGAUGACUUUGAAUACUACUUUGAAGAUUCAUCUGAUGACGAUGAUGACGAAGAUGAACAAAGUCAAUGGGAACACUUUAAUCAUCCUCAUCAAGAAGAAAUCUUUGGAGACGAAUUUGAGGAGUUUGGAGACGAAUUUGAAGAGUUUGAUGAGGACGAGUUUGACACUUUUGAAUGGUUUGAAGAUGAUUUCUUUUGCUACCCAGAAGAUCGCUCUUGGUACAAGGAACAAGAUUUCUACAUCUCCAAUGCAGUCUGCCAUGUGGAUGAAGGAGAGUAUGACUUUUGGGACAUUGAUGAAAUGAUGGAAGAAGAUCCUUUCUUCUUUUAUGAGGACGAUCCACUGUUUUACAUGUCACCGCAAGAAAUAGAUCAACACUUUGAUUCUCAAGACGAGCAACCCCACUUUUUGCUUCCCAAAUCCAUUGAACCAGGCGAGGCGGUACCCAUUCGCUGGCGUCAUACUUUGGAAAUCGUCGAGGAUGACGAAAUCUUUGCCGUGGGGUUGCCACCCGAGCUCCUUCAAGGCUUUCGGGACUACUUUGAGACAACAGGGGUCCUUGAUGUAGUCAAUGAGUUACUCUACCCCACCAUCAACGAUACUGCUCCGUAUCAAGAGAGAGUACCAUUCAAUCUCACGAGAAAACAAGAGGAAGAAGCCAAAGUUUGGACCAUGAAGGAUGGGUAUCAUUGGAAUGUGAAACGAGCCGACCACUGGCCCACCGACAUGGUGUGGUUUGAUCCGGCCGAUGAGGCAUGCUAUGAACGAUUGAAUGAGAUUCUACGCAGAGGUAACUUUGAAAUGGUCAUGAACACCAUUCGACAACAGCUCAAUCAGCCCAAUUUGGUCAUUCAUGGCAAUGGUGCGAUUAUUGUAUCGCACUUUGACGACGCCGACCCCGAGAAUGAAGAUACCAUUGCGCACCUCCAUCGAGAUGCGCCCGAAACCCGAGGUGCGUUUUACAACAUUUUGAUCCCAAUCUACCUUCCAGAAGCGGAGGACCAGGAAGCGUCUCUGUACAUUGGUGGCUUUGAGGAUAUGUGUGCCCCCAUCAACUUAAAGUACAACGUGGCUACGGUCAUUGGUAGUGAUUCUUGGCACGCUACAGGAGAGUGCGACUAUAGAGCUAGCAAGGGAUUCCGACUCUCCAUGUCCGUUUGGGUUUCGGAAAUCACGGAGCGGAACGUGGAAGUGCUUGCGGAUGAUACCACAUCGUCAUGGCCCAUUCACGAUGACAAGGACUGGUACCGAGCGCAAAAGGGGAGGAAUUUGGCGAACGAUUUUGGGAGGGCACCCAUCGAAACGAGGGAUCUACGCAACGAUUGUGCUGAAACAAGGCACCGAUGCAACUUUUGGGAAGUGAGGUCUCAAUGUGCCAAGACUUGUGGUUUGUACAUGGAAACAGACGAGUACUAUUCCCAUCUGGAUGCACUUCGUUCUGUUUGAUUGAGAGGCGUCUCUUUUUUGUGGUGGCCAACCAUAUCUAUCUGUGCUAGCGACGGUACUUAGCUAGCUGUAAUGCAUGUAAGUUCAUACAUUCCCUUC